CUUGCAGAAACGUUCGAGGAUGCUGGUAGAGUUCACACAGACCAACAAACCAACUGCAGUCUGCUACGAGUCAUUUUUUUUUUGCCAGUCUGAUGUGUUUCUCUCCUCAACACUCGUGAAAUGACAGAACAAGUCUCUUUAUUUAAUGAGCUCCAGCCGCUGCAGCAGCAGGAGGAGGAGGACAGACACUGAGGGGGCGGAGGACAGAGCCGGCUUCUCCCCAUGGCCACCGCGCGUUUCCCCGGGAAGAGUGCGGACGUGGCCGCCGCCAACUGGAGCGCUCCGGCUCUGGGCAGGCCGCUGUGUGUCAACGGCACCCCGUGGAUCCUCUACCUGCUGGAGGAGUGUGUGGAUAACAUCUGGGAGUACUGCAGCGUGGUCAUAGGACUUAUAUCCAUGUUCUGUUUUUUGCUGUCCACCUUGCCGCAGGUCUAUGAGGCCUACAGGAAUGGUAAAGUAGAGGAAGCCAUGUCUUUUGGGUUCCUCUUCUUCCUCUUCAGCGGAGACCUGACCAGUUUUGCAGGCUGCUACCUCACUAGCCAGCUGCCAAUUCAGGUAGUCACAGUGGUGUUUUACAUCUUCACAGACCUGAUCCUCAUCUCCCAGUUUCUCUACUAUAAGAUCAAAAACAGCUCUAGCAGAAAAAAUCCUGCGUUGAAGUGGAUGUGCUUCAUGUGGUGUGGUGCUGCUUCAUUAGUUCUCCUGGCUUUGCCCAAACUCAUCAUAGACAAUAGUUCAAGCUUAGACACCCAGAGUCCCGCUACCUCCAAAUCGAUGGAAAUCACCGGCUAUAUAUGUGGAUACUUGGCAUCUGUUUUCUACCUCUGCUCCCGUUUCCCUCAGCUCUAUAAAAAUUUCCAGCGACAGUCUACAGAGGGCACCUCCUACCUGCUGUUUGCCCUGGCCAUGAUGGGUAAUGGAACAUAUGGGUUAAGCGUCAUAGUGGUCCUCCCUGCGCUGAGGGGCUCCAAACAGACCUUCAUUAUCAAACAUCUUGCCUGGCUCAUUGGCAGCCUGGGAGUCCUCAUACUUGACUUUUUGGUGACUGCCCAAUUCAUUAUAUACAAGAAGAACAUCCCUGCUAAAGGCAGUGCACUACUCAGCAUCCCGGAGGUGGAACCUCUUCUGUGUGAGGAAGAGGAGCUAUCAGUAUUAUAGGACAGAGAUCAAACACCAGCAUGGAAGGCUUCUUCAAGAACUGACUGUUUGUUUUUGAUCAGCCUGUGAGUUCUCAGUGGCCAGUGAACAACUUCAGAGACAUUGGUGGACCUUUGCAGAAGGUAGUAGCAGGCAUGUUGUAGCACCAGCAGCUCAUUCUGGUGCAUCUUUAUAGUCUGAUUUUGUUGCUUUCAAGACUACAAACACAGCGAUGAAUUCUUCUAUGGUGUAGAGGGUUAAUAAGGUAGGACAAGCCACACAAAUUAUAUGGUCAAUAUAUUCCUUAACACUCCUUAGUUGCAUUUUCACGGUCUCUCUGCUGUCUUGUCAGCAUGACUUGAGUCUUUUUCUGGUUAUGAGCACUGCCGUUUUUGAUUAAUUAUUCCCCUGGGAUUUCUUGGUUUUGUUUUGCAUGGAAUAACUGUAUUUUUAUGUGCCAUGGGGGAGCCUAGAGGAGAAUGCUGAAUGCCAGAUGUUGUUCCACACAUGCAAGCUUCAUGGAAGAGUGAAGUGCCUGCUAUAUUUACACAUUUUGACAGGGUAAAUACUAUCAUCGAAGCCUGCACGGGUGAGUAUGAAUGGCGGAAACCGGAAUGAAUGGCAGUUUGGAAAGUUUGUGUUCUUAUCUGAUUUUGCAUUUUACUGAAGCUUGACGCAAAGCCGGUAUGAGCAUGAAAUAACAGAAAAAACAGUAAUGUCCUGAUUUGAAGCUGACAGAUAAUUUUGUCGAGUCAUUUCUCAGUGGCAGUUGUGGCUAUAAGGAGAAUUCCUCCAGAGAUGUUAGAUGACUAGACUGACAUUGUGUAAUGUUAAAUAAAUAGGAUGUAAAUGUUGGCUAGGGCCACCCCUUCACUUGAAAGAUGUUCUUUUUUUGUCUGAAGCUAUAUAAUGACCUCAUUUGUCUUUAAAAGGGAUAUUGCAUUUCUCUAUGUUUCUGGUCCAAACUAUCUGCUCUAGUGGAGAAAAACUUUGUGCCUUUUUAAGCUUAAAACAGUCUUAAUAUAAAUGCACUGUAAAUUAUUUUUAAAUUAAAUUAGAUUAAAUUAGAUUUAUAACCAAGUGGUUUAUUUAUGGCAUUGUAGGAAAUGCAGUGGAAGCUUUUGUCUUUUUUACCUCCCCAACCCCUGAAUCAGAUCUGCCCUUCUACAUGUUCUGAGUAGUUUUCUUAUAUAGACAUUCUGUUUUGUAAUAUUUUCAUGAUAUUAAAGAGGACAUGACUACUUGAUUGUCUGUUAAGAAAAAUCGAAGAAAAGAGACAUUAAUGGGAUGUUAUUGAGAAUUGUUAAAGUAUUGAAGUGUAAAAUUCGCUCAUGCAUUUUCUUAUCUGGCAUGAGGUAUACAGCAGAGAGGAUAAUGCUGCCAAGCCAAAUUUAUUUUUACAAUUUUUCCAAUGUAAUUUUUCCAGAGUUUAAUGCUAAACGAGCACAGCAAAAAGCAGAACAGGCCAAAUCAUCAUCUUAUUAAUGAGCAGUUUAACUCUGUAGUCAGAUUUUUGUAAAUGGGUAUUUAUUUACAUCAUUACUCUGCUGAUAUUGUGCCAGAUGUUAUUGUCAUACAGUACGUAUGAGGUGCUGUCACUGUUUAACGCUUGAGUAACUAAACUCGUGUACUUGCAGAGAUCUGCAGAUUUUUCUACCUCAUUAUGAUGUGGACAAGAUUUUUAUUUUUUUUUCCAAGUUUGCAAUAAGAAUUAUUUUGAAUUUGUACACUGUGCUUGUUGCUGGAGAAGUAAUUGAGCACACAUUGCAUUCAAAAAUGUAUAAACAAAAAUAAAAUAAAAAAUUUCUUAAAACUAGCAUUUAAUUGUAACUGUAUUUAUUUAUAACAAUAGCAUGAACAACAUCUCUCGGUCAGGUGAUGAAAUAAUGUGGAUUUAUGCGGACAGAGGGGGAUUUCUUUGAACUAAGACCUUUUUUUUGCAAAUAUGCAACUAGAGUAAUUUUUUUUCACUAGUAAAUUACGUUUUUGCUAAUUAUUUUUAUAUUGCACAAUUCCCACUUACUGCUACUCGUCAAUUCCUUCUAAAUGAGCCUGUUGUACUUUUGCAGUCUAGCACAAAAGUACAUAUUUGUUGGAUAUAUUGCUGCUGUAUGCUGUAGAACUUGUAUUUAUAACACUCUCGUCUAUGUAUUUACUAUUCCUAAGAUGAAGUUAUUUUAUUUAAGCAUAAUGUUCUUUUUUUUUUUUGGUAGAGGAAUUUAAAUGUACAUGGCCAGUUAUAGUGUAAUUCUGAGCUCUGUUCCAGGGUAUAUUUAUCGACAAUGCCAUCCUGUAAUAACUGUUACAUAUAUUGUAAAAGAAGAAAAAACUUGAAUAAACUGCAUUGUACCCUAAA